AUGUCAUUUUUAAAUACGACUACUAACAAAAGGAAAACAACUGAUAAUUUUGAAAAUGUUGAAGACGAUACAGGACGUCACAGUUUAGAUGAUAUGGAUGAUGAUACCUCUGAGACACCAGCUAACGUUUCAUCUACUUUUAUUAGUCCACAUCAAACUUCCAAAAAAAACAAGAAAAAUCCAAUUACUCCAUUUCAAAGUAAUUUACUUGAACACCUAAAAAAAAAUGAAGAAAUGACAUCAAAUCCAGACAUGAACAUUGUUAUGUCGUUUCUUCCCUACAUGAAGUUAUUAAAUGAGGAGCAGAAAUUAGAAUUUCACCUUAACAGCCUUCAAUAUUUAAAACAUAUUAUAAAAAAUCAAAAUACACCCGUACUACAUGAACCACAACUUCAGUAUCCCAUUCCAGCUGCUCCUUUAAAUUUUAAUAAUUAUACAAUGAACCAAAACACAUCUUCUAACUUGCAAUAUAAUUCCAGGCCAUACUUAAAUGCUCAACCAUACUCAUAUUCAACUUAUAAACAACCUAAUUAUCCUCAUAAUUCAUCGUCCUCUUAUUUAGAUCACACUGUCCAAUACACACCCACGCCUACGUCAUCGUCACAACCAUCACCAUCAAACCAGACGCAAUAA